AAUGAUCACCCUGAUUGCUUUUCCGUUUUUUCUCACCAAAAGAUCCAGUUUGUGAGACUGCUUAUCCCACCGGCCACCAAUCCCCAUCCCUAUGAAACAAGGUUAAUGGCUCGGUGUGGGCCAAUUGAGUGUUUUUCGCAUUGCCCCAAGGUUAUCGGCGGAAAAAAGGGGGCGUCUAGAAGGGCGAUUCCACUGCAACCAGAUGUGACUGAUAUCGGGUCGGGAAACUCGAUGGUUUUCCGCGGCAAACCAUCUAUGGCGCCCGAAAGACUCGUUUGUAUAUCAAAACAUGGGCGUUUCGUCACGGUUUGUUCACAUAUAAUUUUUAUUAUCAGUUAUCAGUGUUUAAUAGGGCUUUUGUUCUUAUCAUUCAUCAGGCAUUCGCGGUGACUCUCGGCUGCCUUGGUUUAUCUUUGAUUCUCCUUGUUGUUCUUAUACUUCCGUCCCAACCCUUGAGCGAAAGAUCUUGUAUA